AUGAUUAAGGAAAGUGACACUUUGUGUAGAAACUUUCUUCGAAUUAAUAGGCGAACAUUUGGUGCACUUCUUGAAAUGAUUAGAGAUGUAGGGGGUUUAAGUGGUACAAAGAAUAUGUGUUUGGAAGAGAUUGUUGCCGGAUUCUUAUAUACGGUAGCUCACCAUAAAAAGAAUAGAAUGAUAGGUGCACAUUUUUAUAGAAGUGGUGAAACCGUUAGUAGACAAUUUCAUGCUUGUUUAAGGGCAAUCUUGAAGUUGCAUGAUGUGUUGCUUAAGAAACCUAUACCAAUACCAGAGGAUUGCAAUGAUGAUAGGUGGAAGUAUUUCAAGAAUUGUUUAGGUGCACUUGAUGGUACAAUGAUUAGUGUAACUGUACCUUCUGAGGAUCGAUCUAGAUAUCGUACAAGGAAAGGUAACCUUGCAAUGAAUGUAUUGGGAGUGUGCUCACCUGAGAUGGAGUUUAUAUAUGUCCUACCUGGUUGGGAGGGAUCAGCACAUGAUGGUCGUAUUCUUCGAGAUGCUAUAUCUAGACCUAAUGGUUUGAAAGUGCCAAAAGGUUGUUAUUACUUAUGUGAUGGCGGCUAUACUAAUGGAGAGGGAUUCCUUGCACCAUAUAGAGGGCAUCUUUAUCAUCUUAGAGAGUGGAAUAAUGGUCCUCACCAACCUCAAAAUGCAGAGGAAUAUUUCAACAAAAAGCAUGCACAAGCUAGAAAUGUAAUUGAACGAUGCUUCGGCUUACUCAAGGGAAGAUGGGCAAUUCUUAGAAGUCCUUCUUGGUUUAGUUUACAAACACAUGGUCGCAUUGUGCUUGCAUGUGCUUUGUUACAUAACUUGGUAAAGAAAUACAUGCCCCCCUCAUUUGAUGAUGAUGAGUUAUAUGAAGAAAUCGAGAGUGAUGGUGAUGAUAGUGAUGGUGAUGAGGAACAAGAGGAGGUAGAGUAUAUAACCUCCAUUAAUGUAUCAGACCCUUGGACAAAUUGGAGAAAUUCAUUGGCUCAAAGCAUGUUCAACGAUUGGAGAGCUAGACACCGAAGGAUCUAG